AUGGCCGCGGUCAUUGAAGAAGAUGGGCCCAGCAGCAAAUCCCAAAGGGCGACACCACCCGAGGACAGAAUGUUCGGCAUUACUACAUCGUUCGACACAACAAACCCAGUUUCCUCUACAACCUCCGGGACAAUGACACUAUCCAAAGCUACAAUUGAUACGGAGGCUCAGAAAGCGACCGAGCUGGCCCGUCGACGACGUCGUGCCGAAAAGAAACUAUCCAGAGCACAAAUUUUGAUCAGGAGUGCUCAGGCAGCAAUUGACGAGGUUCGACCAAAAUCAGAGGCAGAGAUCAAGAAGGAAAAGAAAAAGAUGAAGUGCGCGAGAAGUAUGUUGAACAGGGCCGAGAAGACAUUGAAGGAUAAUGAGUGCAUUGCUCCUAGGAAGAGGAAGAAUAUGGCGAGGGAAAUGAGGAAAGAGAUGUUUGAGAGUUUGGCGAAUUUAGCGAUGUGA